CUUCACGAAUUCCAUGGCCCGUUUGCAUCACUGCUGUUUGUAUGUAGGCUGGCCUCUCAGACUUAGCGCUAAGACUGAGCCACAGACAUCAUUGUGGCUUAGUGGUUAGUCUAGUCAGACAUAUCAACAAAACAGUAUCACACCCUAGCUAGGUCAAGCGUUGGAAUCUCGCUCCAGCUAAGCAACGGUUUGGCCUUCGAGGUGGCGGAACCGCACGUGCACGCACCAAAAGACAAGAACCAUGGCUCCUCUAUCCAUUCCACGAAAAAGGAAAGCAGCCACCAAGGCUGCCCGCCCUUCAUCGGACCUGAUAUCGAAUAUCCCAAUGAAGCUUGUUAUCUGGGGAUUGACCGAAGCCAAAACUCAGGCUGAGCUGGACGAACGCAAGUUGUCCUUAGAACGGAUCUUCUCUAGAUAUGGGCAUGGCGCCCAUGGCGUUCAUGUCGUUGUCCUCCGAAACAAAGGUUUCGCCUUCGUCGAAGUUCAGUGCAAGAAAAUGGCGAAUCUUGCGAUCAAGGAGAUGAAGGGCCACUUCCGCGUAGCCCUGGCCAAGUCACAAAAGAAGAUACACCACCGCAGAUAACGACAGAAAAACUUGUAAAGAAUCAUAAACUUAUAGACACUCUAGACUAGAUAGAAUCAUAACCUUUUUU